CUUACCAAACACCUGAACCAACCCCAGGACCAUCUUAUCUUCCUCAAACUUCUGUACCAACACCAUCACACCAACAUCAAACAUCUGAACCAACUCCAGGACCAUCUUACCUUCACAACAUUUCUGCAGCAACAAAUGGGCCAAAUUGUGUGAGCCCAAAGUUAGCAGCAAAAAACGACCCAUCUCUGAUUGCACAGCUUCCUACAGACACCCUAGAUCCACACCUGGCAGAGACCUAUCAGAAAGCGUGCAGACAGAACUCCACAGAAGGCCUCACCAAAUACAUUCUUAGAACAAGAAUACUGCUACGGAAGAACAACUGGGGUCAAGCUGACAUUGAGACAAACUCUGAGCCACAGGUCAAAUAUGAGGUAAGCAUGCUAGAGUUAGCCUGGUACAGUUAGCCUGGUACAGUUAGCCUGGUACAGUUAGCCUGGUACAGUUAGCCUGGUACAGUUAGCCUGGUACCAAAACUGUCAAUUUCCCCCUCCAAACUGUCAAAUUUCCCCCUCAAAACUCAAAUUUCCCCCUCAAAACUCAAAUUUUCCCCUACAAACUCAAAUUUCCCCCUCCAAACUGUCAAAUUUCCCCCUCCAAACUGUCACAUUUGGGGGAGGUUUGACAGUGUAAAGGGGGAGGUUUGACAGUGUAAAGCCCCUCCAAACUGUCACAUUUCCCCCUCCAAACUGUCACAUUUCCCCCUCCAAACUGUCACAUUUCCCCCUCCAAACUGUCAAUGUUUCUCCGUUCAACUUAAAAUGAAAAAAAGUCAUAAUGAAGAUCAAGAAGCACAUAAUAAAAUGAAUUCAUUAUUUUUUCCUGGAACCAUUGGCGUAGCAUGAGUCUUAGAACCCCUGGGGCUACCCUUAAGUUUGUCUACCCUUAUUCGUUGCAGUGGACCCAAAAUACCUGCCCAAAAUGUGCAGCGUGGCUAUUGCCAGGCUUCUAUCGCCAGGCUACUGCCGCUCAUAGCUGUGUCGAGACACAAUUUUCACACUGCAAUCGUUUGAGAACCAUUGACUUCUCUGCUAUGCAACUGACCGUAUCCCAUCUGUAUUAACACAAACACGAGAAUCCUACAAUUCUACAUUGUAUAACCAACUAAGGCCGUUAGUGCGAAAAAUACUAGAUGACAGUCCAUAUCAGAUUAAAUGACAGUCCCCAUCAGAUUAGAGGUCAGACUACUUCCUUCCCUACAAUGCCAACAGUUUUAUUACUUUUCUUUGCAUGUCAAGAUGACACCUGAGGAACUGGAAAAGAGUCAACAGAGAAGAGAACUGAACCGUUUGUCCGCAGCAAAGCACAGACUUACUAAGAAACAAAAGAUAGAGAAAAAUGAACAGGUCAGUGCCUAG